AUGCCUUUCCUCUCAAAGAUCCCGUCCCUGCCCUUGCAGAAAUGCAGCAUCCUGGAUUUCCUGUUCCCAGCCGAUCAACCUGUGUCCGAUAAGCCGCUCUGGAUCAAUGCCGCCGACACGUCGGUCUGGAACUCUCCAAAGAGUGCCUUGGCUUUGGCGAAGCGGUUUGGCCAUGGUCUUCAACAGUUAGGCGUUGAAGCAGGAGAUCGAUGCUUACUCUUCACGCCCAACCAUAUCAUGAUUCCGGUGUCAUAUUUUGGAAUUGUCGGCAUUGGUGCUGCUUUUUCUGGAGCCAACCCGUCAUUCACAGCGAAAGAAUUGGAAUAUCAAAUUACGGUUUUACAGCCGAAGGUCCUGCUUGUGCAUCCAACCUUGAUCUCGACGGCAAAGGCUGCCGCCGCCAAAGCAGCUGUGCCGGGUCUGCAACUGUAUGUCUUCUCGGACCGUGAGACAGGCACACUUGAAGGUCUUCCAGAUUGGCGAGUCAUUCUGGGGACACCCGAGCAGGGUGAGCGGUGGCAAUGGAAGAAGCUCAGUCCUGAUGAGGCAGUGAACACGAUUGCCGCCAUCAACUUCUCGUCCGGCACCACUGGAUUGCCAAAGGGCGUUUGCGUGUCUCAUUUCAAUGUUGUCUCGAACGUCAAGCAGAUCAAAUCUCUCUACGACUUCGAACCUUCGGAGAAAUGGGCGGGAUUCCUGCCUCUCUAUCACGCCUAUGGACAAUGCUAUGCCAUCCUCAUGGCCACCAUCAACCAUAUUCCCAUGCUCAUUAUCAGCAAAUUCGAGUUCGUCGAAUACCUCCGCAUUAUCCAGGACCACAAGAUCACUCGACUGCAAACCGUUCCCCCGAUUCUGAUCAUGUUGAACAAGAGACCAGAGACAGCCAACUACGACCUGAGCAGCGUCAAGGAGAUCCUGUGCGGAGCCGCGCCCGUUUCGAGGGAGCUUGAAGCGAACGUGUCCAAGAAAUUCAACGUCCGCAUCACACAGGGCUGGGGCAUGACUGAGACGACGUGUGCUGUGUCUGGGAUUCCCUACUACGAGAAGUCCCGGACUGGCUCCGUGGGAGUCGUCAUGCCCAACACUGAGGUGAAGAUCAUGACAGAAGAUGGCAGGGAGGCAAACAUAGGCGAGGCUGGAGAACUCUACGUCCGUGGCCCACAGGUCUGUCUGGGAUAUUGGAGAAAUCCACAAGCGACGCGGGACACAUUCGACCCUGAGACCGGAUGGUUAAAGAGCGGUGAUGUGAUGGUGAUGAGCCAUGACGGAUGGAUGGCGAUCGUGGAUCGAAAGAAGGAAUUGAUCAAGGUCCAGGCCCUCCAGGUGUCGCCCGCGGAGGUCGAAUCGGCCCUGAUCGAGCAUCCCGACAUCGCCGAUGCUGGUGUCGUCGGCAUUACCUUUGACGACAGCGAAUGGCCUAGAGCGUACGUGGCGCUGAAGGAAGAGUCUCGCUGCAAAGUCACCGAGAAGGAGAUCCAGGAGUGGCUAAACGCUCGUGUGUCGAAACACAAGCGUCUUGUCGGAGGUGUCGCAUUCAUCCCCGAGGUGCCUCGCCUGCCCAGCGGCAAGAUCCAGAGGAGAGUUAUGAAGGAAUGGGCGAAGAGGGACGCGGCGACGGUGUUCGGUUCGAGACCGAAGCUCUGA